AUGUUGUUUACUUUUGACAAAGAUGUACUUGAUGAAGAUGAGCAAACAUUAUCGUCUUAUGGUAUAGAAGAAGAAUCUCGGCUCGAAGUAGAAUAUUCCAAUAUGAAAAUACGUGACAUCGGCUCUUUAGGAUUGAGAUUUAUGGAUGUGAGCAAUAGUCAAGGCUUAAAACGACGCGAAUGGUCUAGCACAGCUCCACGCUGGCGAAGAACUAGAUGUGGUUUAUGUCUUGAAGGCAAAUGCACCAAUUCUCGAUGCGAAGCUUACAAUCAGAUUGUUAUUAUCCCUAUUGGUUAUAAGAAAUUUGAUGUUCUACUCGAUAGUGAUGAUACAACAACCGUUUGUCCGAUAUGUAAAAAUUAUGUUCAACCAUCAAGUUGUGCAUUUAAUAAUUGUUGGUGGAGAUUCGAAGGACGAAAACUAGAAGCCAAUAGCAAUGGUAGACCACCCAAGAAAUGCUCUAGCGAAUGGACUCAAGUAGAUGAUGCAUAUCAUUAUUUUGAAGAACUAAAAAGUGGAACAGUAACAUGGAUGCAACUUAUACUUGAAGCUGUCAAAAAUAAACCUGUAUAA